AUGCACAAUUUCUUCCGCAAACUCUCAAUCCGUGCUCGCUCUCCACCAGCACCAAAAAAGAAGUCAUCCGCCAACAACAUGCUGAAAAAGAACUCAUCCGGCCUGCUCCGUUUCAUUCGAAACAAUGAUAAACCCGACGAGGAACCGACGUUCGACAUGCCAAUGCAUCUAAUGAUCCAAGUCAUCGACCGUAUGCCAUUCUUCGAGCAAAUCCGUCAAUCCCGCGUGUGCAAAGAGAUCAAGGAGCACAUUGAGGAGAAGUACAGUAAGAUUAAAAAGUUGGAGCUCCGAAAGAGAGAUAUCAACGAGGCGUGUGCUUCGGAUGACGCUUUCGAGAGGCACUCAAAGGCGUAUGUCGCCGUCAAGAUCGAGAAGGAUACUGCGUGUGUGGUGAUUGAUGACGCGUGGGUUGUCGCCGAUUUCUACGUUUUCCUAGGAAUCCUCGAAGUGCUCCGCGAGGGUGUCGAAACCGUCGAGAUGGACGCCCCAAUCGCCGAGCUCAUCGUCAUUUACAUGUCCGACAUUUCCCUCGAGCGUUGGUACGCCUUCCAAUGUAUCCUCAAGGCGUUCAACGACGUCUACGAGGAUCUCCACUUGGAUUCUGGAUUCAUCGCCGAUCGUGACACGUUCUGGCCGAAAUGCAGUGACAUCGUUAUCCACGCGACGAAAGCGCAAGCCGCCGCGUUGGGACGUAUUCUGGAUUACGGUGUCAAGUCGGGAUACGUGUUCGAUCGACGAACAAUGGAUCAUUUGAGAUUGGAAUUCGAGGAUUUGGAGGGAUUCGAUGAGGAUAAGGCUAUCAAUAAGCAAAUCUAUUAUUUCCGUUGCUGGACAGGAUCCCUCGGAUGGGACCAUCGCUAUGAGAUCGUCUUCAACAACAACCAGUCAUCCAAUAAACAGGAAUGCCACGUUUAA